GUUGCUGCAGAUGGCGUUUUCGUGCAUUGCAACUCUGCCAACUAUCCCGUGGAUCAGGGCAGGAUUUUUGCCUUCUUUCAGUACCAGAGAUCGGGGUCUUCUUCUGGUCAAGCACUGUAUGGUACUUGAACACAUCUACACCUGGCAAAGCGUUUUUAUAAACACUUCGAGUCGUUCAUUGUCAGGUGUUAUGUAGUGUAAUGGCAUUGAAAUUUAACAAACUCGUCACAUCAUCAUUCUUGAUCAAUUGAGCCGGGGUGAAUAGGUUAUCCUUCGAUUCUCCGUUCAAUUUAAUGCAGCUGUUUGCGUUCAAUAGGACCAGAUGAUUCUUCCACACUACUACUCGGUUGGCGUUGAUAUCUUGAGUGAUUGCUCCACGUCCUGGUGUACUUGGUUGCGGAUUUCUCCUACCCCCCUCCCUCACCGGCUCUACUGAUCCUCUGUGCCUGUGAAUAUGUUGAUUCUUGGGCUUGUAGAACAUGUGGUUCAAGGAGGUACAGGGGCGAAUGAGUCUCUUGGCAAGGUAUUCUAGAAACCGUUUUAGUAUAAUAAGUAUUGAUAAGCUUGCAAUACUUAACUGUGAGGAGGUCUUUGAUUCAAUUGUGCGGGGGAAGAAGUGCUAGCUGUUGAUUUAAGAAGUUGAUUAAUGCAGGACGUUAACUAGAUUUUCUUAGGUUCCUUACCGCUCUAACCAUUCAGUAUGAGAACUGUGUGAGGAGCGACGCUGUGAGGGAAGGAGCAGGAUUUUUUUGUAUGUGAAAUUUGAUUUUUGGUGUAUUGAAACUAACCAUCCUCCUCCAAUGAUAGUGAAGCCUUCCCAAGUUAUACUUCAUUUUCAAGAAUAGAAAUACCACUGGCGCAGGGAUCUGUAUCUUCGAUAUUUACGAUAUUUUGUAAGGGCCGUAUCUGCAAGCGCAGCCAAAAUUGCGGGAGUGCUUGAUUGAAGUUACAAUGAAAUCAACAUACUACGUGCUGCUUGUCAGCUACCUUGGAUACAUUUUUGUUUACUUGGCUGGAAACCUUCUCGAUCUGCUCCAAUUCCUUUAUUUCAAACGAGAAGUGAAUUAUCGUAAGGUACAUUCAAUCAUGUUCAGAAUCUUGCUUCCUAUUCGAAAAUUCUUAUUUUAAUCUGUUAAGUCCGACAGCCUGAUGGAGCUCAUUUAGGAGAGCUCAGAAACCUAUAUCCUUGUUUUCGACCGUGACUAAUUGCGAGCGACAUCAAUGAUAAAUGAAAAUUCUUGAGGUCCACAUCCUCGCUAGAGGUUCCAAUUGGUCUCGAGUGUCUUGCAAAAACUAUGGAAAGAUGGUGAUUCCUGCGAACUAGAAGCACUUGAAUUAGCUGAGCCAUCCCCAAUAAAGGAUGAUCUAAGGAGGGGACAUGACCUAGAAUUUCAAGAGUUGGUCCCUUCAAACACGAGCUAUUUAUACAUGACCAACGCUUGGGACACUCAGGCAGAAUCCGCUAUUAGUACUGGACUUCUCAGCUCCUCCUCAGCUAUUUUAACCGACAUAAACACCGCUGUUCUUGUGAAAUAAUUUCUUGUAUGAAAACAGGCGAUGAACACAUUAGGUACUCAGAUUACUGAUGAUUGUCUUUUAUCGGUCUUUGAUACUGAAAAUUAAGGAGAUACUGCUCAACGAAAUCAUAUCUCUCCGACAGAAAAUCGUUUUGUAAGAACUUUAUGCUCCUUACAGACACCGGACAUUACGAAAUGCUACUAGCUGCGUUGCACAAGAUUUGUUCUUCUCUGGAAGCCACUGUGCUUUUGUUUUUUUAAUUUCUUAUGUAGGACAUGUACUCUUGAAUCAGAAGAGAGUACCAUGAUAUUAUUUGCAUUUACACCUAAUUUACUUGCUGAGUCUCAAGGAACUGGACUAGGAAGGUGAAGACCAGUUAAGCUCUUCGCCUACAUUGCAAAUACAGCUUUCCAAUAAAGCUGAGGUUCUGAAGAAGUCACAACCUCGAAUUAAGCACAGCGGCAUGUUUUGCAGGGUUAUGCACCGCUCAGCAGAUAUUUUUGAGAAUUUUUUCACGCGACGGAUGUACUUUCGGGUUCAGGACUCCUUUAACAGACCAACCGCUAAUUCACCUGAUUCUAGGAUCGAAGUGAUUGAGCGGGUUUACAACGGGAAAACCUGUGCUCCGACAAACACGACCCAUAGGUGCUUGAACCUGGGGUCAUGCAACUACCUCGGCUUUGCAGCUAAGGACGAAUACUGCACACCACAAACUGCCCUGACUUUGAAGAAGUACGGCGUCAGCACUUGUGCUACCCGAGUGGACUGUGGUAAGUGAGCAAGUUUAUUCUCAUCUUUGAAUGCAGCCAGUUAACGGCAUUGUGAGUUGUUGCACCAUUCGUUCUAAUCUAACUCAUUGGUUCAGAUAUUAGUAUUUCAAGAAUAACUUUCAAGACAAUUUAGUAGCAACUUCAAAUUACAAUGGAUAUACAGUUAUAUGUUUCAGUACCAUCUCUUCAUCACAGCUUUUACAAGAGAAAGACGUUCAGAAAAAAUAUAUAUAAUUAAGGCAUAUUAUCGGUUAGUGAUAAGUACUUGUGAAUCCUACCUAUAAACCAUGAGCUUCGGGCACAAAUUUCUUGUUGAAGCAACAAAUUCUAAGAAAGGGCACCUGCAGGACUGUCACUAAUCUGUAGAGAUUCGAAGUUAUGUGUUCUACAUCUAGACAGUCUGCAGCCUUUUACAGCACUAAAGUAGCAGGACAAACUGAGCUUAUUGCUGUUGUACAUGAUAUUACAUGAUAUUCCAUGAUCCAGUGAUGUAAUGAAUACAGUGAUACAACCAUGUUUUGAGAUA